GCGAGUAUCAACUGGAUAUUAUUGAACCAUGUCCCCAUUGCCGGUAAAGGAAAGUGACGACGCAGCCGCCGCCGAUGGAAACGCCAAUGAGGUUCAAUUACUUAGAAAUCCAAGUCCAUUUAUCAUUAGAACGUAUGAACUUGUCGAUGAUUCCGCCGUCGACGACAUCAUCUCUUGGAAUGACGACGGAUCGAGCUUCAUCCUCUGGCAACCUGCAAAGUUUGCUCGUGAUUUGCUUCCUAAAUACUUCAAACAUAAUAAUUUCCCCAGCUUCGUCCGCCAACUCAACAUCUAUGGUUUCCGAAAUGUUGUACCGCACCGUUGGGAGUUCGCGAAUGAUUGUUUCAAGCGAGGCCAUAAACAGCUUCUUUGCGGCAUUCAACCACUUGCGUCUAUGGUGACGUUAGGAGAUGAUAUUUCGUCGGAAAUGGACAUUUCCAGGGUCGGAGAGUCACUGCAAAAAGGUGAUGUUGGAAUUUCAAAAGAUCCUGGAACAUGUAGUUCACGGAAAUCAACAUCAGCAGUGUCAUCAACCAGUAAUCAAUUCCUCGAGAAAGCUCAACGGGACUUUGCUUUGAGGAAUAAGAAGAAGAUAGAGAUGAAAAAGAGGUUGCGGAAAUCAACAGAGAAGUUUUCCGGUGAUUCGAAAGACGAACUAGGUGAAUUAGAAGUCGAAGAGGUAACUAUGGGUGACAAUCCAAUUCAGUCACCUAUUUCUACAGACUUUCUAGCUGAUUAUUCAAUUGAUCCUUGCGUUGAUUCUCAACCACUCAGUUUGGUAUCCUAUUCUCCUGAUUUUAAGCCUGCCUUGUCUUUUGAUGCCUUAUAUUAUUCUACUUUGUUUCCUCCUCGUCAUGAAUUCGAGAAAGAUACACUCAUUCGAUUAUGGAUGGCUAAUGGAUUUGUUGUUUGCUAGCCAAUGGAGAGGAUAGCUGCCAUAUUCUUUGAUGAUUGUAUAACCGAGGGUUACUUCAAGCUUUCUAGAUUUGAUCUAAUGUCUGGAAACGCAUUGUACAAAUUGGACCGAGAGAACCACCUAAUCUCAUCGUUCAUUUCAAGAGGGAGUGAUAUAGUCCAGAUAGAGGGCGAUUCCAACUUAAACAAUGUCUCUCCAGCAGUCUCUCAUGUGUCCAUAAUGUGUGCCACUCUCAAAGAUUCCACUCCUUUUCAUGAUUUGAAAAGACUUGAGCAACUGAGAACGCUAGUGUUUCUGCAAGCCCAUACAAUUAACUUCAAACAAAUUCCACGCGAUUUCUUUUUGAUGUUGAAGCUGCUGCGAGUAUUGGAUUUGAGUCGGACAUGUCUCUUGGAGCUGCCAAGUUCUAUAGGGAAUAUGAAAUAUUUAUGUUAUUUAGACCUUUCAGAGAAUCCCAUCAAACGUUUGCCUGAAGCAAUGAGCUGCCUUGAGAAUUUACAGACAUUGAAACUCAAAGGUUGCUUGAAGCUCUCUGCCUUGCCUAAAGGUAUGAGAAAGAUGACCAGCUUACGCCAUCUCGAUUUUGAUGUCCUUCACCAAAUUCGCUCAAUGCCCCAAGGGAUGGGGGCGUUAACUAACAUCAGAACUCUAUCAGCUUUUCUUGUUGGUUUGGAAGAAGGGUGCAGUAUAAGACAGUUAAAGAACAUGAAUAACCUCUCAGGAAGCUUUUGCAUCUCCAGGCUUGAAAAUGUAUUGACAAAGGAUGAGGCUGAGGAGGUUUGUUUGUCCGACAAGUCACAGCUACAAAAGCUGGAGUUGCAUUGGAGUGAUUCACAGGAAGAAGGUAUUGUAAGAUAUGGAGAGGUCUUGUCUUCUCUUCAGCCAAAUACAAGCCUAGAAGAGUUAAAUAUAAGUUGUUAUGGGGGUUUUGAACUGCCCAGUUGGAUCUGUGAUCCAGCAUUUUCUAAACUUGUUAGUGUCACCCUCUUUGAAUGUGAAAACUGUUUAGGCCUACCAUCACUCGGUCAACUACCUUCAUUGAAAUUCCUAAGUAUAACUGACUUCCACAAACUGAAGGUGAUUGAUCAUAAUUUUUAUGGUGUUUUAGGCAUUCCAGGGUACGUUGCGUUCCCUAAGUUGGAGAACUUGAGUCUUGAAAACAUGUCGAAUUUAGAAGAAUGGUUGGUAAACGGGAGUUUUGACUUCCCUCACCUCAUUAAGCUCACAAUUAAGCAUUGUCCCAAACUCUACAGUUUACGCACACUAUCAUGCCUUUCUUCCCUUGAAAAUUUGGAAAUUAGUCAUUGCACAAUGCUUGCUUCUUGUCUUGAUGGAAAUCUACCUGCUGGGGUGGACACUUUCAUAGUUGAGGAUUGCCCCUUGAUAAGUGCAAAGUUCUUGAGUGACGGAAGUCAGGAUUGGCCGAAGGUUGCGCAUAUUCCGCAUGUAUGGGUUGAUCAUCAGGAGAUGGCAUUUGGUCAAAGAUCUGCAUAGACAUCUGUUCUUUUUUUUGGAUGUCUGUUCCUCCCAGAGUAAUUUCAUCUUGGCAGGUUUUCUUCUUUAUUCUCCCCAAAAAAUAAUAAAAUUUCCACUUUUUGCUCACGUGGUGUUUUUUUUUUAUAUCAAGACUCGUGACAUAUAAAACAUUAACAACAUAUCAGAAUUCAGGACUCUCUGGAACGUGUACACCUGCUUAUAUGUUAUAUUACUUCGGCAAUAUGUAAAUUGUAAGCUGUUAAUGGGUUCUCUAUAAUAAUAUCUGUUUGUAACAGAGAAUCUUGAAUAUCAUAUAAAGGUAUAGUUUGUUUUGUUUAUAUAGAGGGAGAAGUGAAAUCCUUUCAUGAGAGUACA